AUGUCCGACCCACAUCAUCUGCUGGCUACGGUUCCCGGAUACAAAUCAGCCCGACAGUUUGUGGAGCAGUUCAACCUUGUUGCCCGCGAGUCACCUUCUUUGCGGACAGCAGUCGCGCAAAUUCCUUUUGUCGUCCAUGUUGUAUGGAACAAACCAGAACAGAACAUCAGUCAGGCGCAAAUCGACAGUCAGAUCAGCGUUCUUAAUGAUGACUUCAACGCAGCAAAUUCUGACUUGAGCAAGGUGCCAGCCGCAUUUAGACCGUUGGUGGGCAAUCCUCUCAUCAGAUUCUUCCUAGCGAAACGAGAUCCAGAAGGCAAAUCAACGGUCGGGGUAACACGUACUCAGACGGCAAUUAUAUCGUUCGAUCACAACAGCGCUACCGACCCACUGGAUCAAAGGAUGAAAUUUACAGCCCAGGGCGGUACAGAUGGGUGGCCGAGCGACCGUUACCUCAACAUAUGGGUUUCAACGACCGACGGGGUAGUAAUCUCCCAUACUGCCUUCGGAAAGGGGGGAACAGCGACUUCUCCGUUCGACUUAGGUCGUACUGCUUCCCAUGAAAUCGGCCAUUGGCUUAACCUUUUACACAUAUGGGGGGACGACGAUGGGUGGGGCGCUGGAUUACUCUGUUCCGGUACAGACCUUUGCGAUGACACCCCAAACCAGGCUAUCCCGAACCGUGGAGGACCGGCGUUCCCACAUAUCACAUGUAGGAAUGGCCCUAAUGGUGAUCUUUUCAUGAACUAUAUGGACUACUCUGACGAUGCUACGACGGUCAUGUUUACCAAAGGUCAAGUCGCCCGGAUGGAUGCAACUCUAUCUGGGCCCAGGGCCUCGCUGGCAGGAUCGAAUUUUCAGAACUUCAUCUUACAUACUGGUACCGCCCUUCACAACACAGAUGAGACCUUUGACUUUGCGAUGACUGACUGGAACGGCGACGGCCGUCCAGACUUGGUCGCUAUCAAGAAGAGCAACACUGGUACAAAUAGCACUGAGAUACAUAUUCUUUCUGGCGCGUCGAACUUUCAGAGCUUUAUCUUACAUACUGACUUGGUCGCUAUUAAGAAGAGCAACACUGGUACAAAUAGCACUGAGAUACACAUUCUUUCUAGCGCGUCAAACUUUCAGAGCUUCAUCUUACAAACUAGUACCGCCCUUCACAACACAGAUGAAACAUUUGCCUUUGCGAUGGCCGACUGGAACGGCGACGGCCGCUCUGAUCUUAUAGUCAUUGAAAAGACCAACACUGGAACAAACAGCACAGAAACACUUAUCUUUUCCGGAGUUUCAAACUAUCAGAGUCUCUUAGCACAAACAAGUACGGCCCUUCACAACUCCGACAAAACUUUCGACUUUGCGAUGACCGAUUGGGACCGGAAUGGACACCCCGAUCUUGUUGCCAUCAAGAAACGCAACACAGGCACCAAUAGCACAGAAUUGCACAUAAUUGCCGGUUGA